UUUACAUACACUUCAAUGAAGAAUGAGGAAGUAAAUAACCUGACAAAAUGAGUGCGGGAUUUUUGUCUCCGUUGUUUGGAUAUGGCACCCUUUCAUUAAUGUGUCUCAUUCUACCUCACUGCUUUGGUCAAGAUGUAACGUUGACUCCACAGAGUCCUGCCACAGUCAGAGAGGGACAAGCUUUAGUGCUGACAUGCCAAUCAGGCCAGACUAGUGGAUUAUAUGCGUUCUUUUACAUCAACAGUGAGGGAACUAGAAUUCUUUAUGCUUCAGGGGGAGGAGGAUUCAAAUCAUGUAGCAAUAACACUAAUGAUGCAUUCAUAGAGUGUGAUUUUGGGACUCCAUGGAAAUUCAAACUAACAUUGCUUAAUCCUGUUCAUAACCAGACUGUCUACUGUGGGAGAGGUGGUGGGGGUGAAGAUGAAAAGAACAUCAACACCACUAUCUUUGUACAAGUGCCUGUCAGUAGUGUCACACUGUCACCAUCGUCCAGUGUAGAGGUCAUUGAAGGAACGUCCUUCACCUUCAGCUGUGUGUCAAAAGCUGCCAGACCAGCAGCAAACAUAACGUGGUACAAAGACGGCGUGGUGGUGAGUGGAAGUUCAUCGAGUACUUCAAUCAAUAAUCUUUUGUACGAUGUGACCAGUAAUCUUACGUCAUCCUAUCAAAGAACAGAUAAUGGGAAGGGGUUAUAUUGUACUGCAGUCAACAUAAAUGGAGAUACACCAAAACAGUCAUCCCAAGCUCAAUUAAAUGUUUUAUACACACCCCCUGCUGCCCCACAACUGACAGCUGAUGGAUCUACGUCAGUGGAUGAAGGACAGUCCAUUACAUUACAAUGUAACUUAUCUACGCUGGGUAACCCUCCCAUCACGUGGAGCUGGAUGUGUGGAGAUGACACACUGACCACUGGAGUGACCAAUACAGGGACCCAGUCCGUGCUGAUAUUGACAGCCAACAGAAAGUACAACCAGAGAACGUGUCAGUGUAGAGCCACAAGUCCAAGAUCGUCAUUAUCGUAUAACAGGACGUCAGGAACACUAACUAUCACCGUGUACUAUGCACCCACUGCUGUCCCACAACUGACAGCUGUUGGAUCUACGUCAGUGGAUGAAGGACAGUCCAUUACAUUACAAUGUACCCUGUCUACACUGGGUAACCCUUCCAUCACGUGGAGCUGGAUAUGUGGAGAUGACACACUGACAACUGGAGUGACCAAUACAGGGACCCAGUCCGUGCUGACAUUGACAGCCAACAGAAAGUACAACCAGAGAACGUGUCAAUGUAGAGCCACAAGUCCAAGACCGCCACUGUCGUACAGCAGGACGUCAGGAACGCAGACUGUCACUGUAUUCUAUACACCCCCUGCUGCCCCACAACUGACAGCUGUUGGAUCUACGUCAGUAGAUGAAGGACAGUCCUUUACAUUACGAUGUACCCUGUCUACGCUGGGUAACCCUCCCGUCACGUGGAGCUGGGUGUGUGGAGAUGACACACUGACCACUGGAGUGACCAAUACAGGGACCCAGUCAGUGCUGACAUUGACAGUCAACAGAAAGUACAACCAGAGAACGUGUCAAUGUAGAGCCACAAGUCCAAGAUCGUCAUUGUCGUAUAACAGGACGUCAGGAACACAAACCAUCAUUGUGUACUAUAACAACGUCAUAAUAUCAAACUUGAGUGCAGAAUAUGUCACCAGUGAACACGGGCGACUUCAGAUAAAAUGUGAUGUGGACGGAAACCCGUUAUCUACUAUCACGUGGCUGUUUGUACAAAACAACACUGUUGUAAAGAGAGACUCUGAUGUAAGCAGUAGCUCACUGGAGAUAUCGUCAGCAAAUUGCCUAGAUCACGGGAGUUACAGUGUUACAGCUUAUAAUGGAAAAAGUCCAGGAGCUGUGAGAACAACCCAUGUAACGGUUAGAUGUAAACCCCGACUGCAUUACAUUGAUUCCCAAACUCCGGACAACCUUGCCCUAGGAUACUGCGACUCUCUUAACAUGCUUGUGAAAAUGUUAUUAUACCCACCAGCGAAUCUGAUGAAGUGGACUUUCAUGGGAAAAAACAAUUUGAGUAGAGUCAUUCAGAAUAAUACAGAUGGCUACAUAAUUACAGACGCCAAAGGAGAAAUGGAACAAAACAUCACUCUCUACAAAAGUAAUAUCAAUACUAAAGAUUUUGGAGAUUACAUCAUACUAAUUCAGAAUGAUGUUGGUACCUUCUACAAGAGCUAUCGAGUGGACACCGCAACACCGCCAGUGACACCUACCAAUGUUACGCUGGACUGUGACAAUCCCCAUUCCAUAAAGCUAUCGUGGAUUUCUAACUUUAAUGGUGGAGACAGUCAGACAUUUAAGAUUUCCUAUUCCACUGAAGGAAAUUUAUCAGCAUUAUUUAAAGAUGUAGAGUACAUCCGUGACGAGGGAUAUAAUAUACUCCACAGUUACACUCCCAGAAUUAAGCUUCAGGGAACAGUGUGGUUUACUGUUAGUGCCUCCAACUUGUUUGGAAAAUCUACAUCAGAUGCUCAAUAUUGCACUGUUGCAAAAUUUCCAGAAUUACAAGAGAGCGUAGGGAAUCAGACUGGAGCAGCUGUUGGGAGUGCUGUAGGGAUGGUGGCCCUCAUCAUCAUUAUCCUAGUCCUCGUGAUAUUUCUCCGCAGGCGUUUUACAUUCAUAAUAAAAUUGGAGAGAAAAAACACAAACAAAAGCGUAAAAGUCAACGAUUUAAUGAAAGAGGAAUCCAAUACCCCGAUGACAGAGCAUAUUGUGCAUCAACACGGAGAAAGAGGAAUAUAUGACGACUUAAUAGAGACAGAUAAUGGCAAUCAGUACGAGGGUCUCUCCACUAAAGAUGAACAAGAAAGUGAGAGACAAACUUACGAAAGCAUACAAGGAUGCAGUGGUGAAAGUAAAUAUGAGAAACUUUCAACUGUCUCUAAAAAAGAAGAUGAUGACGGCAAAUACCAGAAUUCCCUCAAACCGAAGAUGUCAGGACCAGAUGAUGUGUACCUCAACACCUCAUUUCAAAAUUAGGAAUCUCGGGGGAGGUCUUAAGCGGUAGUUUGAAUAAAUAACUGCGUGCAGAAUUGAUCUUGAAUGCAUCGAAUUACUUAACGCACGGACAAUACAUAUACGCGCUUUAACUUAUACAUAUGCACCUUGUAAACGAUUGUAGUUUAAACUUGAUACACUGUAUGUAUAAUAAUGAAAUUUACAAAGUAAAUGACAGAUUCGAUUCCGUCAGUUUGAGGUAAUAUUGGUUAAUUAUCUUAUUCAUCAUUUGUUAGGAAUCGAAUUUUACAAGAGCCGUUUAGAUAAACGCUGAAGAUGAUUGAUUUCCUCGUUACACUCGUAUUUCAGCGAAUCUUUUGAUAUUUGAUAAAGUAAUCUUUCAUAAGUUGAAAGACAUAUCGCAUGUUACUGAGCUUUAAGUUUUUUUUUUUUUUAGCAAAAUUGAUUCAUUAUAUGACUAAAUUGUCUUUGAAUUUGUUUUAAAUAAAAUAUUUUGUGUAGUUUUCGAAUUCACCGUAUACAAGGUCACCACCGAGGGGUCGUCACUGUGGAUAACAGGGCUCCGAAGUAGAGCAAACGCAGUAUCAGUCAGUAUGAAGUCGAUUUUCGCAUAGCAUACAUACUAUUUCUGCAAAAAUCAUAUUGCAUAGAGUGUCGUAGAUACAUCUUGAUCAAUAAAAGUCACCACAUUUCAAAAACCCGUAUUUGCCUCAAACACUUCGUUCGCGUUCCACGAGUAGGUCUGUAGCGUUGAAAGUGAUGAUUUAAACCCAUCUUUAUCGGUCAUGUCAUCUCUUUUCAUUUUAAUUUGUUUGAUAGAGAGCGUCUAUAUGCCGAUGUCAAUUGGUGAUGAUUAUACCGCCCCUUUUGACACAUUUCACGUGUAAUUGGCACAAAAUUACACGACAUUAUUUGUUGAAUGAGGGCUAUGAUUUGACAUCCCGCGAGGACUAUGUUCCAUUUUAUUUUUACUGUAUUGUCAGGCUUUAAUAAUUGUCCGAUAGACGUCUAAAUGUAAAUUUUAUUAUGAUCCUUUUAAUAUCGCAUAUUUGUCAGAGGUACUUGGAAGUACCGAGUUCUACAAACUAACGGAAGGUAUAUAUUUUAUUGUUAAGGAUACAUUUUUAUACUAAUCGAUCAUACAUGUAUUUGUGACAAUAAUCUACUAUCCUUAUCACAUCUUUGAAAAGGGUGCAGUGAGUAAUUUUGGCAUGCUUUGCUGGGGUGCCCAUCUACUAGCCAUUUCAUAAAAAUCGUGCUGUGAUGUCCUGAUGUUCAUUUAUAUAUAAAGGUAUCUCGACUGCAUUGUCACGUAUUAUACGUAACGUUAUUAGCAGCCGUAAAACCAAAACACCAUGGUAGAACGAUGGCUCAAAAUAUCUAAAGUCUUCCUUGAAAGGCUGUGUAUCUGUUAUUUAUUUUUAACUUCAUGUAAACAUAUGUAUUCUUUAUCUACUGAUCUUACUCUGUUUCUAUUGAAUGCAUGCAUUGUAAUAAUAUCUAAUAUAAAGUGUACAUAGCUUGCAAUCUCCGUAAAGUGAAAUAAAGAUUGAUUGACGGAA